AUGUCGACUGAAGAAAAUCCAGGCAAAAUUUCUCAAGAUUCCGAGCUUUUUGACAAGGUUGGCGAUGGUGUUCGUCCUGUUAGUGAAGAUGUUGAAAACGACUCGGAUAAACGGAAAGACGACCAAGUGCUGGCCUCUGGGAUACCUACUACUAGUCUUCUUGUGAAUCCUUUGUCUGGCAAUGCUGCUCAAAUCCUCCCAUUGUUACAGAAUCUGCUGCUCCAAAAUGAUAUCCAAAGGGAAAGAUUAAUGGGAUUGAUUCAACUCUAUGAUCCAACUGCUGAAAACAGGAAUCCAAUCGUGAAUGCGGAAGGCGGGCAGAUAGCAACGGAGACAGAUCUUUCGACUGUGGUUCAGUUUUUGGAGCAGAGCGUGCAGAAGCUUGAAGAGGAUCUUGAGAAUCAGAAGAAAGCAAACGCUCAGCUAGAAGAUGAUAUAAACCGCUUGACGAAGAGCAGUGAUCCGUAA